AUGCCGGCGUAUCACUCGACGCUAAACGAGCUGCAGACGCAGGAGGCGUGCGGCUGUGCCAUUCUUCCCAUCAAGACACGCGCACGUGGACCUGCUCCGCCUGCACCGGAGGAUCAGGACGAUAUCGUGGACGAAGUCCUCACGCUCUUCCGCGCGAACGUGCUGUUUACGAACUUUGAGAUUAAGGGGAAUGCCGACCGCGUGCUCAUUUACGGGACGCUAUUCGUGCACUUGUGUCUCAAGAAACUGGACCGGUGCAGUCAAAAGACCGAGGCUGCGCGGAUCUUGCAGCAGGCGGCAGUUGACACGUUUGCGAUCCCUGGCGACUCAAGUUUUCCACUGGGUGGACUCGUGCGCGCGCCGUCGAGUGCGAAUGAAGCUGAAACGAUUCGGGGGUUUCUAAAGCAGUUCCGUGAAGCCAUUGCCGCUCGUCUCGUGGAUGAGGUUUUUCCUAACGGAGAGAAGAGCAAGUGGUGGAUGCUGUUUGCUAAGCGAAAAUUCAUGAACAAGGAGCUGCUGCGUUAA